GCUCCCGGGAGCGGCUCGUUGCAUUGUGGGAGAGCCGUGGGAGGGCUGGUGGUGCUCGAGGAGCCGUAACCGACCGGGGCUGCCGGGCCCUCGGCCUCAUCCCUGCCCGGGCCUCGGAAGCUGUCGGCCCUGUAGCGUAGUUCGUGAUGCUCUGACAGAUUGCUUGAGGUGCUUGAGAGGACGUGGAGCAUGUUGCAGAUCAGAGCKACAAGACUUAACACAAGACCGGUGUUUGGGGGUGUAAGAUCUCGCAUUGGGAUCCAGCAAAAUCUUCUAAAUAGAUCAUCACCAACUGUGAGCUUCCAGCGGACAUUUGAUGCCCGACAGAAGAUAGGACUCACUGAUGCCCGACACAAACUGGGGGUUAAAGAUGCCCGUGAAAAACUGGUUCAAAAGGAUGCUCGGUUCAAAAUCAAAGGGAAGGUGCAGGAUGCUCGAGAGAUGUUGAAUUCCCGUAAGCAGCAAAGUGUUGCUGCUGAAAAGGUGACCAAAGUGGUGGAUGCCAGAGAGAAGAUCAGCUUAAAAAGGAGCACUCCAGCUGCUAUCAGCCCAACUAUGGGGACAGUAAAUCCAGCCAUGAAAAUCACCAAAACUAUCCAACAGAAGGCUCCAGUUCCUGGACUUUCUCAUCCAGCAGGAAUGAGGAUCAAUGUGGUGAACAACCAUACACAUAAACAGGGUCUGUAUGACAUGGAAGAUGAUGAUGAAAGCAUCUCUCCCCUUCCUAGCAAACAGAUGAAAAUCACCACCACAAACAGUUUUCUGCACAACUCGACUGGUCUGAACAGCAAUAAAUUCUCUCUGUCCAAGACUGUUCCCCUGACUAAAGUGGUCCAGAAUGAUACAUACACAGCUCCACCUGCACCUCCCUCUCCUAUGCGGACAAAGGCAUUGACAAACAUGUCCCGGACCUUAGUGACAAAGGAAGAGCCUCCAAAAGAGCCAGCACCUGUUGAGCUGGCAUUCAGUCCUUUGGAAGGCACGAAGAUGACCGUAAAUAAUCUGCAUCCUCGAGUCACAGAGGAAGAUAUUGUUGAGUUAUUCUGUGUGUGUGGCGCUCUGAAGCGAGCCCGCCUGGUGCACCCUGGAGUGGCUGAAGUAGUAUUUGUGAAGAAAGAAGAUGCUAUCACAGCAUAUAAGAAAUACAACAACAGGUGCCUAGAUGGUCAACCAAUGAAAUGCAAUCUUCAUAUGAAUGGGAAUGUCAUCACCUCAGACCAGCCUAUAUUGCUCCGAUUGAGUGAUACCCCUUCAGUGAAGAAGGAAGGGGAACCACGCCGGUCAAGUGCAAGCGCCUCCUCAAAUCCCCCAGCUGAAGUGGACCCUGACACUAUCUUGAAGGCACUCUUCAAAUCCUCAGGGGUCUCUGCCACAGUGCAGCCCACAGAAUUCAAAAUCAAACUCUGAGAGGGGGGAGCAAGCAAUGGACUGGAAAACUCAUUUAAGUUGGGGGAUGAGGAAAGUGCAGGAGUGCAGAUGUUAUUUGCAUUUGCCUGUCCAGAAAUUUUUUGUUUUCUAUGAUCGCUACCUUACUGUACAAUAGUGUUUCCUCUUGUGUGUGUACUUUCUGUUUUCAUAGUUGGAGUUUUCUUCCAUGAUUUUUUUUCCAAGAGAAUAACCUCCCCCUUCUGCCAGUAAUGUAUUACCAAACAUAUACCAUGUAACUCCAUCCUUUACUCCAAAGCCCCAGUGGCCAUUAAAAGUGCACAUAGACUUUGAGGGAAGGAGUGGUGAUCUCCUUCUCUUUUCUUCUGACUGACCUUUAACUAAAAGGUGCACCCCCUUGACUGUCCAAAGGCAAGAGCACCACGUUGUUUCUGAAGUUGCUAUGCUGGGUACAAGGUCAGGUUGAGCUCCGUUCAGAAAGGACUUGUAUGCAUUUGGUGGCAUUUGUUGGACAUUGCUGCUCAGCAGCUGUUACAUUGAGAAGAAGUGGGAAAAGCUGAGCUGCCCACUGUGUGUGCCAACGGAGACAUCAGUCAGAAAGGACGUGUGCACAAGUGCACCAGCCAUUGUGCUAUGGGCAGGGAUGUUUCAGCUUUGCUAGUGCUGGAGGAUUGUUCUGGCAUUUGUACAAUGAGCAUGUUCACUUUAGAGGGUCAGGCUCAAUUGCUCUCCUCUUUCUGGAUUGAAAAAUUAAGAACCGGUCAUGUUCAGAGCUACAAGACACCCACUUGUUUGACUCCUCCUGCUGAUGCAGGGACAUGAGUUUCUUAACUUCUAACUUGCCGAGUCUCCUACAGAAAGAUCCUAGUACACACUAAGUCUUGUGUUCAAGAGCUCAUUUCUUUGAAAGAUGCUCUUUGGGCAGUAUUUGGGCUGCUGUGUGGGUAUGCUGCCUGGAUUUGGAGGAUGGUUGCUGCAGUGUAUGGCUUCAGGAAGAGGUUUARGAGCAGAGGGCACUUGCAUUGUAUGAGGAAUACAGGAGAGGAGUGACAAGUCCUGUGCAGGGCAGCGAGGACGUGGCGUGGGCCAGCGAGCGCAUGUGACAAGCCACUCGGUGGCACUUCCAUUACUUCCCGUUGUUUGUACGGCAUCGGCACCUUGGAUGUUGAAAGUCCCUGUAGCUCCACCCGUUUGUGUUUGUUCAAAUUGUACUAUAAGAGAGGAAAGCUGAGAGCAACUUCCAGAGUCUGGUUGGGGUUUGAACUUGAUUCUGCUAGCUGGGAGACUAACCUAAUCCAUUCUGUUCAGGCUCUGCUGAGUAGCUCCUGUAAAUCCAGAUUCCAUUUCUUGGACAACCCCAUGUUUCUUUUGCUUUCUUGUUCUGUAUGAACUCUUUCCUCUCUCUAGCUCAUGCAGACCAUUCCUCUAUCUCACUGUAUCCCUUUUCGCCAUGGAAAUAAUGAGGACUUGGCAGGAUUUGUUUUUCUGGAGUACUGUCUUUCGUUUGAAGGCCAGUGACACCAUGAUUGGUGGGGUGCUUCACAUGAACAGCAGAUGUUUGUAGGGGAGGGGACCUAAGACAGCUAUUGUUCUCCUUUUUUUUUAGAUUGCCCACCAAAUACCUGUGUUUUAAUAAAA